CCCCCUCGCCCCCGCGGCGGCCCGGCUCCGGGAGGAGGAAGAGGAGGAGGACGAUGUCUUUGCGCACCGCGCUGGCGACGGGCAAUGAGCGCAAUGCCGAGACGCACCAGCGCUGCCCGGUGGUCACCCUCGACCCGCCCCCCGCCCCGGCGACGCCUCCGCUGUCCCCGCAGCCCUCCACCCUGGCCAGCAGCCGCUCGGAAAAGGGUUCGUCAUGGUCCAGCCGCUCUCUGGGCGCUCGCUGCCGCAACUCCAUCGCCUCCUGCGCCGACGAGCAGCCUCACAUUGGCAACUACCGCCUCCUCAAGACCAUCGGAAAGGGCAAUUUCGCCAAGGUCAAGCUGGCCAGGCACAUCCUGACAGGAAGGGAGGUGGCUAUAAAAAUAAUCGACAAGACGCAGCUGAAUCCAACGAGCCUCCAGAAGCUCUUCCGAGAAGUCAGGAUCAUGAAGGGUCUGAAUCACCCCAACAUCGUGAAACUCUUUGAGGUGAUCGAGACGGAGAAGACACUCUACCUAGUGAUGGAGUAUGCCAGCGCAGGAGAAGUCUUUGACUACCUGGUUUCCCACGGGCGCAUGAAGGAGAAGGAAGCUCGGGCCAAGUUCAGACAGAUUGUCUCGGCCGUACACUACUGUCACCAGAAGAACAUUGUCCACAGGGACCUGAAGGCCGAGAACCUUUUGCUGGACGCCGACGCCAACAUAAAGAUCGCCGACUUUGGGUUCAGCAACGAGUUCACGCUGGGCUCCAAACUGGACACGUUUUGCGGGAGCCCCCCCUACGCCGCCCCAGAACUCUUCCAGGGCAAGAAGUAUGACGGCCCCGAGGUGGACAUCUGGAGUCUGGGGGUCAUCCUCUAUACGCUGGUCAGCGGCUCCCUGCCUUUCGACGGGCAGAACCUCAAGGAGCUGCGGGAACGUGUCCUUCGUGGCAAAUACCGCGUGCCCUUCUACAUGUCGACGGACUGCGAGAACAUCCUGCGGCGCUUCUUGGUUCUGAACCCCUCCAAGCGCUGCACCCUGGAGCAAAUCAUGAAGGACAAGUGGAUCAAUAUUGGCUACGAGGGGGACGAACUAAAACCCUAUAAAGAGCCGGAAGAGGAUUUCGCAGAUGCCAAGCGCAUCGAAGUGAUGGUGGGCAUGGGCUACACCCGCGAAGAGAUCAAGGAAGCCCUGACCAGCCAGAAGUACAACGAGGUCACGGCCACCUACCUCCUGCUGGGCAGGAAGAACGAGCAGGUGGAAGGGGGCGAGUCUCGCACGGGCAGCAGCCUCUCGCUGGCCCGGGUGCGGGCGCCCAGCGAGGUUUCCAACGGCACCAGCAAGUCCUCUUCGUCUCACUCCAAGAGCCAGCGGAGCUCCUCCACUUACCACCGGCAGCGGCGGCACAGCGAUUUCUGCGGCCCAUCCCCAGUGCCCAUGCACCCCAAGCGCAGCCCCACCAGCACGGGGGACGGGGAGCUGAAAGAGGAGCGCAUGCCUUCGCGCAAGGCCAGCUGCAGCGUCGUCAGCAGUAGCGGCAGAGGCAUCCCGCCCUCCAGCCCCAUGGUGAGCAGUGCCAAUAACCCCAACAAAUCUGAGAUCCCCGACCGCCGCAAGGACAGUGCCGUGAACACGAAUAACAUUCCCUCGAGUAUGAUGACCCGGAGGAAUACCUACGUCUGCACGGAUCGGCCUGGCGGAGAACGACACUCCCUGCUCCAGAACGGGAAGGAGAACAGCUCUGCCACCAGUCGUGUGCCCCCCGCCUCCCCCUCCAGCCACAGCAUCGCCACCUCGUCCACCUCCUCAGACCGCACCCGGCUGUCUCGCGGCACCAACAUCCGCAGCACCUUCCAUGGGGGCCAGGUGCGGGACCGGCGGGGGACCGGCGUUCAGAACGGGCCCCCCACUUCGCCCACGCUCUCCCACGAAGCCACCCCUCUGCCUCAGAGCCGCAGCCGCGCCACCUCCAACCUCUUCAGCAAGCUCACGUCGAAACUCACGCGGAGGUCUGAGCUAAGCUCUAUGGCUCCACCCCCUCCCCGGGAGCUCUUAAGCAAGGCUGGGGUCGCAGACGAACCUGAGAGAAUCAGGGGACCUGCGCUCACAAGUUGCAAUCUACCUUGGCAUCAAAAGGAAGCAGAACCCCGGCUGCUCCGAUUUACCUGGAAUGUGAAGCUGACCAGCACCCGCUCAGCCGAGGCCAUUCUGGCUGCCCUCCGCCAGGCCACGGACUCCGCCAGCUGCUGCUGCCGCCAGACGGAGCCCUUCGUCCUGUCCUGCACCCACGAGAAGAGCCCCAGCGAGCACUUCUGCUCCUUCGAGGUGGAGGUGUGUCGCCUCCAGCGCCUGGGCGGCCUCCACGGCGUCCUCUUCCGGCGCCAGGCGGGCACCUCCCUGGCCUUCCGCACCCUGGUGGCAAAAAUCUCGGACCAGCUGCAACUCUAGGCCAGCGGCAGGGGCACAGCGCUGGCUGGCGGGGCUUCCUCCUUCCGCGCCAACCCCACAGGCUGUUGGGGGGCCAGAGAGGGGGCGUGACCCUCUCUGUUGCGUCCCCCCGGGGGCUUUUAUCUGGGGCCUGAUCCUGCUGCCUGAUAGGACGAGGAGCUGCUCUGGGGGGGCUCCCACUGGCCUGCCCGCUGUGCUAGGGGCUGUGGGGUUGGGGGAGGGGGAAGAGGGGGGC